UAAAGCAGCGAAUGAAGAAAGAAGACUAGUAAAAACUAUUACAAGAAACCCAAAUUUUAAUGGAUAUUGAUCAUCCUAACAUAGUUAAGCUAUAUGAGAUGUACCAAGAUGAUCAUUCAUAUUAUCUUAUAAGUGAAUACUGUGAGGGUUAAACAUUAUUUAUAUCUAAGGUGGAGAAUUAUUUGAUAAAAUUAAAAUUGCUUAAAUUCUGACUGAAAAAGAAAUUGCCACUUACUUAAAGCAAAUUCUUUCUGCUGUCUCUUAUUGCCAUUCCAUGAAUAUUGUACAUAGAGAUCUAAAACCGGAGAAUAUAGUCUUUGAUGCUAAACAUAUGGGAGCAAAUCUAAAAAUUAUAGAUUUUGGAGCCAGUGUCAAAAUAGAAAACUCAGAAAAAUUAAGCAAAAAAAUAGGAACUGUAUUGAUUUAAUAUAAUAAAAUAGCCUUUCUAUGUUGCACCAGAAGUUUUAUCUGGCUCUUAUGAUGAAAAAUGUGAUAUUUGGUCAAUAGGUGUGAUAUUAUAUGUUCUUUUAUGUGGAUAUCCUCCAUUUUUUGGUUAAAAUGAAGCAUAAGUUCUUUCAAAAGUAAAAAAAGGAACUUAUUAAUUUGAUUCUUAAGAUUGGGCUAAAGUUUCAUUAUAAGCAAAAGAUUUAAUAAGAAGAAUGUUAUUUUACAAUCCAUCUUAAAGAAUAAGUGCUAGUGAUGCUUUAUAACAUUAAUGGAUCACAAAUAAUAAAUCAAAAGGGUAAUUGAAUAAUUAAAGUUUAAAAAAAUUACAAGAUUUUGAUUCAAAAAAUAAACUUAAAUAUGCAAUACUUUAGUUUAUAACAGUAUAAGUAAUAACAAGCUAAGAGAAAGAUGAAUUGAUGAAAAACUUUUAAGAAAUAGAUAAAAAUGGAGAUGGUACAGUAAGUAAGGAUGAAUUAUUAAAUGGUAUGAUUUAAGACUAUUUAGCUUAUAUUAAAUUAUAUAAAGGUGAUUAAUUAGCAGCCUAAGCAAUUGUAGAAGACUUAUUUCCUCAUUUAGAUGCUAAUGGAUCAGGUAAAGUUGAUUUUAGUGAGUUUAUAACAGCUUCAAUAAAUAAAGAUAGAUCUUUAAGUAAAAAGAAAAUUGAAUAAUCAUUUAAAUUAUUUGAUUUAGUAAAUAAAAAAUAUAAAAUUAGGAUGGAAAUGGAUUUAUAACAAAAACAGAAAUAAAUUAAUUAUUUGGGGAUGAAAUAGAUGAAAAUAUGUGGAAGGAAAUAUUAAAAGAAUGUGAUGCAAAUGAAGAUGGAAUGGUAAAUAUUAAAUUAAUAUUUAAGAUAUCAUUAGGAGAAUUUAUAAAUUUAUUAGAGAGUAAAUUUAAAGGAAAACUUUGA